CCGGUAUAUACUAGAGAAACAAAAUGGAGGAUGGGAAACCUAGUCCUGCACUGCAUGGAGACUGACCUUCUACGACUUGUCCAGGAAGGAGUGGGGAUACACAGGAUGCGGCCUGGCCUAUGAUCUCUUACAAGGCACUGUCAGAAGUCUAAUGCUGUGUCACCACCCACCCCAACAUGUGUAUCAACUCGGAAUACCUGCCUAUUGCUGGCCCAUGCAGUAUUUAUGCACUAUUGACUGUAUUAUGUCUCUCUAGCUGCUAUUAGGUGUCUUUGCUUUUUUCUUUCUGUGACAGGCCACAAUCGUGCACGACAAGCUGCUUUUUCCAAUGCUAAGUCGGUGUGUGUCUCCUUUUCAACGGACGCCACUGGCUCCUCUGCUGAUUCAUCAGAGGCGAUACGGAAGGGAAGCGAGCGGAAGCUUCCGGAAGAAUCUUCUCGCUCAAAGGCUAAGUCGGUGUGUGUCUCCUUUUCAACGGACGCCACUGGCUCCUCUGCUGAUUCAUCAGAGGCGAUACGGAAGGGAAGCGAGCGGAAGCUUCCGGAAGAAUCUUCUCGCU